AUGGAGAGUUAUGUCGACUACUCGGGCUCAGUCGCGUAUCAAGAGUCGGCCGAUGCGCAGAACGCAGCCUACUACGCAGCCAAUGGACAACCGCCGAUGGUCGAUAUCAAGCCACGGCUCACCAAGAGCCAACACGAGAUGCUCGAGAGUGAGUACAACAGACAGAACAAGCCGAGUACGAACGUGAAGAAGGGAUUCGCCGAGACACUGGGUGUGUCGCUGGACAAGGUCAACAAUUGGUUUCAGAACCGCCGAGCCAAGUCCAAACAGGAUGCAAAGAAAGCUGCGGGAGCCUACCACAUUUAUUCCUCCUCCCAGGGACAGUCUAGCCAUCUCUCCUACGCUUCAGACUCGGACACAUCACCAUCGUAUCCUUCCGACGACUACGCCUCCAUGAUGGCCUCCGAUGAGAGGUCUUCAGCACAUGUGGGAUCCAACAAUGGAAUCAGCCAGAACGACCUUUACGAAAGCGUUCAUCACAGUACCGACCACACCCAAGCAUACGAAUUCCCUCACCAAAUGCAGCCAGAAGCAUUUGACAGCCCACAGGAAUACAACCGGAGGACACUGACGCAGGAGCAAUUCAAUGCUUAUGCUCAAAACGGAGGGUUCAUGGAUGGCACGGCAAGUUACGACGUGUUCAACGGCGACUUCUCCGGCGACCAGCAGAUCAUGCGCCAGAUCUUCCCAGAACUCCAGCCUGGACAGGUCAAGCAACAGGACGUAUACACUUUCCCAUGCCCAGUCCCACCACCAAUGUCAAGCAUCGAUUCCAGCAUACCCUCGACUUUGUCAGAGCGUUCGAUAUCGACUUUCCCGUCUACCUCGAGCAUGCGUGAGCCAAGAUCGAUUUCGUCUGGACACUCUGAUUGGGCAGAUAGCCGAAGCUCUUCUGUGUCGCUCAACUUGCCGGAUAACUCGUUUCAGCACACAAUGCAGCAGCCUGUCGCCACGAACUCACAGUGGCAGCCAGGGCAAUCAGUCCCUGUUGACUUUGAUGCAUUGAAUGAGGAGUUUCGCCAGGCGUCGCAGGCCCGACAUCCAGAAUCAUCACACCAGAUUCAAGAGCAGUCUCUGGCUUGGCCAAUCGACGAUGCCUUCGAGCGCAGGGAAUCGCAGACAUCAUCAAUGCUCGCUCAAAGCAUGGGACAUGUGGGUCUCAAUACACCACAACCUCAGCAGAACGCUACAUUCAAGACACCUGCACCUCCUGCCAGCAUUGCAGCUCGUCGGCAACGUCCUCGUCCUACACCCAUCGGUUUGGCCGCUAUGCGCAGCCAGUCCUACAGUGGUGCCGCUCAGCCUGGAUCUCCUGGUCAAGUUCCACUUCAUAACCUCCCUGCGGGCGCACCUCAGUUGCGACGCAUAAGAUCAUCCAACGUCGUGGGAGGCAUUGCACAAGGUCGUGUUCAGAAGGCGAUGCCUGGCGCGCCGCAACGCUCACCACUCGUAUGGAACUUUGCCGACGCUGCAAGCUCGCCCAAAAUUCUGCGACAUGCCUCUUCGCACUCGAUCAGCAGUCUUGCGCCGCCAACGCCGAUGUCACCGAGAGAGUUCCAGCAAGCAGAUCUGGGUCGAGCACAUCCCGGUUGGCAAGCCUCCGGUCAAUUCAACCGCCAACCGAGCAUCAACGAGACGGAAAUCGAGCAUGGCCUGCCCGUACAACAUACCACAUUCGCACAGCGACAGAAUUUCUCGUCUCCUCCACAUACGCCAAUGUAUCAUCAGCAAUCCUUCAUGCAACAGCGUAUGGCUAGUAAUGUGAUCAACGAGAACACGCCACCGCAGUCAGCUCCAGCAAAUCAGCAGAGCUUCCCAUCGCAAGCAUUUCAUGUGGCGCCCAUGCCAGCAGUCCCACCACCUCAGCCGCAGCAUUAUACGAACGUCGUGCUACAAGAGCCGCACUUCCAGGCGCCCGCAAUAAAUCAUAUGCCGCAAACGCAUGUCCAGCAUGGCAUGCCGGUACCCGAGCCCCAAGUUGAUCUGAGCGACCUGGCAUACACACAGCUGGUCCCCAUCAUAAAUGCUGCGGGCGAGAUCGAAAUGGUCGUGCCCCCACAAUUUAUGCAACAACUACAUAGUCGGGAACAGAUGCCGCUACACCAGCCCGUCCCACAAAUGCACCUACCGGAGAAGUGCAACAGCUUCGAGGGUAUGCUAGGCAUGUUUUCCACGGCGCCUCCGCCGCCACCACCUCCACAGGUCACUGCGCCUAUACCAAAGCCAUCGCCCCGGCCGCCGAGCGAGUUCUUCGCGCACGAGUACACCCCUCCCGUAGACCUGAAGCGCGCAGCCACACCACGAAAGGUCGUGGAUACGGGACCAAAGAACUACUCCUUCACAAAUCAAAGCCCACUCGACUUCGAAAGAGGGAAGAGAUCACGGGCCUCCGCUACUGCUUCCAAUAGCCCAGCAAGCAGCAAUGGAGCAAACUCUAGCUCAUGA